AUGAAUUCUUAUCCAUACUUUACACUUCAACAAAAACUUGAAAAUAUUGAUAGUUCUUUGAAAGAAACCAUUCAGCAUUAUAUUCGACUCAUCAUUGACUCGCACUCAACUCAAAACAAUGAUAUUAUCAAGUCUAACACGUCAUACGCGUUACAACUUCGUGAAUCUGAAAUAAAAACCAGGCAACUUCAGGCUGAAUAUAUAGAACUAAGAGUGACGGUUGCGCAAUUAAGAGCAAAAAUUGAAAAAUUGAAACACAAAAAAGCAAGCACGAAUGAUAACUUCAAAGAAAGUGUUAAAUCUGCAAGCGAUAAAAUUAUCGCUUUGGUCCAACAAUUACAAGGUGCUGCAGAUUCUUUAAGCACCAUUGUGGAUCCCGAAUCAACUCGAGGAUCCAGUUUCAUUUCUGAUGUUUCAUCAAUAUUAGGUUCUUCAAUUGAUCUGACAAAUGGAGGUCUGGGUGUCGCAAGCGGAAGCCAGUACUCCGAAUUGAUGAGCAACAUGGACAUUACUUUGGACAUUCUUCCGCAUAAGAAAAAGCCGGUUAAUUUGUUGGCCGUUUAUCGAAAGAAACCGAAAGCUUUAGUUUCGAUCAACGAAUUUAACGAAGAGCAAAAAUAUCAAAGAACUUCAGCUUUUGCAUCAAGUUCACAUAAACCUGAACUGGUUGAAGAAGAACCUUUGCAAUUAGAAAUUGCAGAUACCGAUCAUAAAUUCCAGAGGGUUCAAGCAAAGAUUCCCCAAAAAUUAAAACUCACCACAUUUGCAAAAACAGAAUCGACUUCCAAGCAAAAACUCGAUGAGACUAACUAUGCAUCACAACGAGACCAAGUUCCUCAAUAUCGCGUUGAAAAUUUAUCGAUGGAUAUUGUUAUUGACCAGGUGGAACAAGAAAGUAAAUAUUCAGAGCGUACACGUGGGGAUGUCGUUGACGGAACAACUUCGUCCGCGUUUCAACAACAAGCACCUAUCAUAGCUUCGUCCUUGAUGACUACGAAUAACGAACAUUCUCUUGUGCCAAUGACCGUAGCUAUUACACCUUUUCAAAAAGAAUCAUAUGAGCCUGACAACUCUCAAAAAGCUGAAGAGAGUUUACAAAAUAUAGGAGUAUCAGAAAAAUACAAAAAAAAGCGUAUAAGAGAACCUGAAUGGAUGUUCGAGAUGAAUGAGGGAGAAUCUCGGGGACGAAAGAGAUUUCAAGUAAAUUACGCAGAGCCAAACCUUCGCAGCAAAUUACGUAGGGGAGAUCCACAUACCUACACCUUAGAGACAGAUUCUCGAAAAUAG